AUGGUCAUCGGUCAUCUCACAAGAAGAAGAAAAGGAAACGAAGGGAGGCUGUCUAUGUCCCUGCGAAAGAGAAGGCUGAGGCCACAAGGUCACAGAGAGAAGAUCAGGUGGACCUUGACCAAACGAUAGACACGCAGAUGGAUCUCUUUGCCUCCUCGCCUUUAUCCUUCUCAGAGGGACCUCAAGGGGACCUUCUUCUCCCAAGGGAUGGUCAAGAGGGAGGCCCUUGUCCCGCCGCUGAGGAUUCUGAUGCUACUCAGGUGGACCUGGAGAUGGAAGGAACAUCAGGUGGAGACCAUGAAGAGAAGCAUCCUCCAUCACCGUCAAAAUUGCCCACCUCGGAAGUUAACACCAAAUUGGGUCAAUCUCGAACUGGUCGGAAGCGCCGAGCUACACGCAAGCCGCCCCCUUCCGAAACAAGUUCUGAAGAGGAGGAUGUUUAUGAUCUGGAUAAGGAACAACUGGAGAAUGCCAGAAAAGAACUAGAGGAAUUCAUCCCUCGAGCGAAGACUCUGUCGGACUCUGCAAUCAGGCAGCUGGCCGCACGAGAUCUAUCCAGGUUUAAGGAGCUGAAGAAAAAAGGCAUGGCUGUGAAGUUCGGCGUGUUCUCCCAAGCGGAAAACAACAUAUUGAUAGAAAACAUGGAGGCAUUUUUGGAAGAAAGUGGGAUCGAGUCGGCCGAGAAGCUCCUGUUCACCGACCGGUUUCCAGAGGAACAAACCGAAAUCAAGAGACUGAAAUGCCAAUAUGCGUUUUGCGAAAGAAUCGCUCAGGGUAUCGCUCGGCCCUGGAGACUCGUUUAUUAUCGAGCCAGGAAAAUGUUCGAUCCUCAGAAUUAUAACGGACGAUAUACAAAGGAAGAAGAGAAAAAGCUCUUCAAAUAUCAUGCCAUGUACGGGAAUAGGUGGAAAAAAAUCUCGGAGCUUAUGAACCGAAGCAGCCACUCAAUCGCCUUGAAAUAUGCGCAGAUGGUACAGCAGGAUUUCAACAUUGGCCCUUGGACAAAAGAAGAGACUUCUAGACUCCUUCAAACGCUCAGAGAUCUCCUGAAGACAAAAGUGAGGGGCUUGGAUUCGGCCUUGGAGAACAGGGACACCAAGGGGGCGCUUACCCUCCUGCGAGAAAACCUCUACAAGAACAUCGGCUGGAUGAAAGUGGCAGCCCAGGUGAAGACCCGUAAUUGGAGACAGUGUAAAAAGAAAUGGAUGUCGAUCCUAACGAAGAGAAUGUUGGGGAAAUCGCCCCUCGACAGACUUAGCAACUUGCAGUUUAAGAUCGACCUAAUUGAAAGAUUGUAUGAAUUGAACGUUGCAGACACCAAUGAAAUAGACUGGGAGAACAUCGCUGGCGUUAUUGGAAACGUUCCUCCGGAUUACGUCCAAAGCAGAUAUUAUCAAAUCAAAUCAUUAUAUGUUCCUUUUUGGUAUCAAAAGACUUUCCCAGAAAUUAUCGACUACCUGUUUGAAGAGACGCUGCCCGAGUUGAAGGAAACCCUGGAGAAGCUGGCCGCAAGACAGCGGAGCACGCAGGAGGAGAAGAGUUGCAAAAAGGCCUUCCUGUUCGAGGACAUUUUUUACGAUAUUCUGGAAUAUCAGGAGUUAAACUCGGACGACGGCAGCGACGAAGAAACCGGAGAACCAAGUCAGGCCAAUGACUGAUGUUCUUACCCAGUUCCUUCACGAACGACAGGAAGCAGGAGACGGGGACUUCCUGCCUAUUGCGGAACGGGAAAAGACCGCCGGCAGGGGGCGGGGGCGGGGGGAGAGAUUCUCCUUGACUUCCUGCCUUUUUAUUUUUAGAGAGGAAAAUAAUAUAUAAAUCUAUUCAGCCUUUUUGUGGGUGCUGCUGCUGCUGCUUCGGGGUGUUCAGAAGAACUUUGGGUUCUACAGAAGACGAAAACAAUUUUUAUUAUUAUUAUUUUUUUUGCCCAUUAUUAUUUCCCACGGUAGAUUCUCCAUUGCUGGCAAAUGGAUUUGCAACACAUGGCACAUCCCCCCCCCCAAAAAAAGGGGAUGGGGGGCUAGGAAACCCCCAAAGGGACCCUAGAGCAGAUAGAUAUUCAGUCAUUUGGAAAAGGAUUCCGUUCUGACCCAGCUCCCUAAACACGACAAACCCUCUGUAGUUGAAGCAAUGCUUCCUUUAUUAGGAGCUCCAGCAAAAAGUUUCUUUUUCACUGCAGGCUAACAAUAGGUUGUCUGCCAAAUCUAUUCAUCUCCACCCCCUGCCUUUUAUCCCCAGAGCUAGGGUAAGGCUUCGCUAGCUGCGGUGGCUCUUCCGUCCCAAGGACCGGCCCAUAGAUUUCCACUGCUCUCCUCUCCUCUGCUUUCUGUGCAUCCGCGCGUCAGGCACUGGACCCAGCUGUUCCUCCUCUUCCUCAUCAGCCACCUCCAGACCUGGAGGCUGUUGACUCUCCGUCCGAGGGCUGACGGGCUGCCCAGGGUCCGCCUCUGUUUCCCUCUCGCUGCCAGCUCCAUUCCCACUUUCCCACUCGGAGCUCUCAGGUUGCCUUGAUGCUGACCCUGACUCCCACGCCUCCUUCUCCUCCUCCUCCUCCUCCUCUGGAGGGACCCAGCGGCCGACAGGCCACAACAGAAAAUCUCAGGGACCGCAAAUGAUGUAAGCAGCUUCUCUUGAUCCAGAGAGAUGCCAGUUGUCAGCCCGCGUUAACGUUCUACAUUAAUCCUUAACUCUCCUUAGAGCAGGGGUGUCAAACUCGAGGCCUGGGGGGAUCCGGAUCUGGCCCAUGGGGUACUUAGAUCUGGCCCAGGAGGGGGGGGCACACUGGAAACAGUGAAGGACUGGCCCAUGGUAUCUGCCAGCGAAAACGGAGCUCGGGAGAGCCGCCCGCGGCCCUCGCAAACUUUGUUUUCGGCUGCCACGGCCCCUUGCAACCCUCUACGGGUGAAAACAGAGCUCGGGUUAGGGUUAGGGAGCCCAUUUUCACAGGCAGAGUCCUUGGGCCACCACAGUCGCCCCUGACACGAGUGACGUUGAGCUGGCCACGCCCCCCCCAAGGUCAAACACAACCCUGAUGGGUCCCUCGGUGAAAUCGAGUUUGACACCCCUGGUUUAGAGGAACGUCAGAAUGUCUUCCACUCAUCAGUCAUUUCCCCCCCACCCCACAAGUGCCAAACUUCCCGGUCUUCCUUAAAAAGCCACCAUCCCGGUUUCUCAAAUCUGGUGGGAUUUCAAACUUGCCCCGUCUUUUUUUUUUUUAAAUGAGAUUUUAAUGAACUUUAAAUGCAAGUUUUGAAUGGGAUGUUCCGGGACAGCCGCUCAGGGAUUUUACGGCUGGUUCCAAGGUCACAGACAGACAAAUGUUUAUUCCCGCCCCCACCUGCAGACGAUAAAGUUAAUAUUUUUUUUGGGCUGGGGACGAUGUUUCAGGGACCAAAAUACCCAUCCUGGAAGAGAUUGCACAGCCAUUUUGUCUAGAACGGGAUAGGAUCUCCUGCUUGAGGGUUGGACUUCUGUUAAUUCUAAAUUUUGGAUGUUCCUGUCUUGCCUCACUUAAAUUCUGUUUCCAGAACCAGUUGGAAGCAGCAGAUUUCUCCUGGAGAUGUUUCAAAAAAAGUGGAGAAGAUGAUAUAUAUAUAUAUAUAUGUAUGUAUGUUUGUUUGUUUUCUGAGGUUUUCACGGGUGUUUGUAUGUAGGUCUUUGGUUAUUCAGGUUUUCUCCCACGUAAAAUUGGAAGUGUCUUGGCGACGUUUCGAGGAAGUCUCAUUCAUCAUCUUCAGGCUAGGUGUUUACAGCUUCGUGCUUCUAGGAGAAAUGUGUGAUCGCAGCUGUUUCUUUUAACUGCUAGUGGGGGUUUGAACUGAUUGGUUGGGAGCUUGGCUGUGUUCUGAUUGGAUGGAGGUGUGUUCUGAUUGGUUGGGGGUUUGGCUGUGUUCUGAUUGGAUGGUGGGGUUGGCUGUGCUCUGAUUGGAUGGGGGUGUGUUCUGUUUGUGGGGGGGGCAAAUCCCAUAUUUGUUUUCAUAGGUUUUCACGGGUAUAGGUCUUGGCAUAUUUGGGUCUUUUUCCGUGUAAGGUUGAGAGUAUCUUGGCAACGUUUCGACGAGGUCUCACUCAUCAUCUUCAGGCUGGUGCUUUCGGCUUCGUGUUUGUGUGAGCAAAGCUUUGCUCGCAAUUGGUCCUAGAAGCAUGAAGCAGUAAAUACCAGCCUGAAGAUGACGAAUGAGACUUCGUCGAAACGUCGCCAAGACACUUCCAAUUUUACGUGGGAGAAAACCCAAAUAACCAAAGACCUACAUACAAACACCCGCAAAAACCUACAAAAACAAAUAUAAACGUAUGUAUGUAUGUAUGUAUGUUUUAAACAUGGCAUUCGUGGAGGGAUAAAAUCCUGAAUUUCGCAUUUUUUAAUAGCAGAAGCGAUCCUCGUUUUCCAGAAAAAGGCUAAAAUGAAAUGAGCUCUCCGUCUUCCUCAUUGAAAACAGGGGAUGUCUUUUUUUUUAGGUUCUUCCGGUGGUGCCUUCAAAAAAAAAAAAAAGUCGCUAAGUUUUUAAGUUCUCCGCGCAGGGAGGGGCUAAUUUAGACUUUUGUCCAGUUCACACUCAGAAAGUAGAAGAAUAGUGAUUGCUAAAAUUGCACAAGGCAAUGAGGUUCUUCCAAGGUUGGGUCAUUUCCCCACCCACCCCCAAUUUUUUUGUCUUUUGGAAUUUAUAAAGGAAUUUUAUCAAAAGGGUUGUGUGUGUGUUUCUUUUCCCUGGUGGGUUCAAACUAUUUGUACAUGGGGUUUUCAUUAAAAUUCUUGUUUAAAAAAAAUAAAAUAAAAUAAUCAAAAUCUA